AUGUCGGCGUCGAACGGGAACAACGGCCAGCAUGGCACUGGCACAGGGCCGUCCGCUGCUGGUGGCUCGGGGCAAUCCCAAGCAUUAACAAACUCCCCGUCUGAUUUGAACAAGAUUGUCACAGACUAUUUGCUGAAGAAGGGAUUCACGAAAACCGAAGCAACAUUUAGAAAAGAGUCAUCUAAUGUGAAUCCAGACGGCCGGCCGAUUCGGAGGAAGGUUGAUGACAUGGGGCCUGAACGCUACCCUAAGUCGUUUCAUCUUCUAAAGGAUUGGAUCGAGAAUGGGCUUGAUUUGUACAAGUUUGAGUUGAGGAAGCUUUUAUGGCCUGUUUUUGUCUACUCCUUUUUAGACAUGGUCGAACAAAACUUUGUACAGGAGUCCAAGCUGUUUCUAAAAGACGUUUGGUCUGAUUUUGAAAACACCCAUGCAGACGACUUGCGCGCGUUCGAGACAAUUCAGCUCCCCAUCCACGUCACAGAGAAUCCCACGACUAAGAUCUACCGUGGUAAUAAAUAUCGCAUUCCACUCAAUCAGCAUGUCAGCGGCCAGCUCUUUGGGUUUCUUGAGCGACAAGAAGAUGCGGGUGGUAGUGUUAUCACACUGUUACUACAAACAUACUGCCAGGUCGACUCAACUGCCCGCGGACCGAUUGAGCCCUAUAGCUUCGAGGCAAUUGCCCGCCGAGCUCAGAACGCUGAUCUAGAUGAAGCUGAUGUUCGGGAGGGAAUCCCGGGCGUUUUCACGGGUGUCAGCAACCGGGACAUCUUGGACACACACGCGGCGUUGAAACUGGGCCCACUUCCCAUGGAGCUGGAACUACGCGAUGAUGUGCGUGCCGAGCUUGAGGAACAAGACCAGCGACAACCACCCGCGGCGGGUGUUCCGUCUCUUGUAUCAGAAUUUGAUGCAAAGAUCAAGCAAGAGGAGGGAGCAGACGGUCCCUCACGUACCGACCUUCCCCUUCCGCCAUCUCGUGCCAGAGAUGUUGUCAUCGAAAUGCAGAAGAUACGCGAGACCCGAGAUCGGUUCCAAAUUGAAGAUCGGACCGGAGGUGUCGGCGUCCCAGUUUCAGUGUGCAUGUUCACAUUCCACAACACAUGCGGAAGCGUUUCGUCAAUGGCCUUUUCAAAGGAUCAUCAGCUUGUUGCUUAUGGCUCAAUGGAUUCGUAUAUCCGCGUAUGGAGCAUUGAUGGGAAGGCCUUGAAGAGCAGGAUGCUCGGGGACACAGACAAAACAAAUAACCGGAAGCUCAUUGGGCACUCAGGCCCUGUGUAUGGGCUCUCCUUUUCCGAUGCCGUGACUGGGCUUAAAUACAACCCAUUUGACGAGAAACAACCGCCCGUCGAAACGGACUCAAAGCUUCUCCUAUCCUCCUCGUCCGACGGCACAGUUCGUUUGUGGAGCUUGGAUGUCUGGUCCUGUCUCUGUGUUUACAAAUCUCAUACAGGUCCGGUGUUCCGGGUACUUUGGAGCCCCCACGGCCAUUACUUUCUGACUGCUGGUUGGGAUAAGACCGUUCGUAUUUUCACACAAGAUCAUGCCUCAGCACAGCGGCUGCUUGUAGGCCACAACACUAGCAUAUCGGCAAUCGCCUGGCACUCCAACGGGACUUACGUCUUUUCGGCAUCCGAUGAAACGGACAAAACCAUUCGCAUGUGGUCCGCCAUUAAAGGCGAUUGCGUCCGAGUUUUUACUGGCCACACAGACUACAUCAGUGCACUAGAAUGCGCGCCGAAUGGUAGGAUCCUCGCAAGUGCCGACGCUGGAGGGACCAUUAUCAUUUGGGAUAUCACGAAGGGAACUCGCAUCAAACGAUGCCGGGGCCACGCAAAAGGCGGCAUAUCGUCCCUGAGUUUUAGUGCAGAGUCAACCGUUCUCGUCUCUAGUGGCCUGGACGGCACCCUUCGCUUGUGGGAUAUCAACCUUCCAAAGGACGCCAGCAAAACCCCGGCCGCCCUGGGGACAGCGCCGGGCUCAGCUCUUGCCUCGUCAAACCAGUCAGGAGACAUUGGUGGGACAGGCGGUGAGUCCCUAACCGGGGCUAGCUCUCAGGACCGUAGCAUCACAGUUGGCGGCCAGCCGCCGUCUCCGGCCACGGCAGCAACCGCGGCCGGUGCGGCGAGCGGUACAAACAACGGUGGGGCGGGCAAGAAGAAAGGAAAAGAGGUGACAAUAACACCUGAUCAGAUCAGCGCAUUUGCCACCAAAAAGACACCGAUUCUGCGCGCAGAGUUCACAAGGAUGAAUCUCGUUGUUGCAAGCGGGUGUUUUGACCCGUGA